AUGUCUCAAAUCGUGCGACUUCUUGUCAGUCAACCCCUUCACUGGCUUUUGGCUUUGGCAGCGACGGCUUCUGCAUCGUCGUCUAUCGAUUACACCCAGUAUGUAAAUGCUCUAAUGGGGUUAGAACGCCCUUUUUCGUGCAAAGGCUACGGAGGAGGCGAUAUCUUCGUUGGAGGUGCGCGGCCCUUCGGAAUGGUCAAAUUGGGAACAGACACGACGGCCGCAAACCGGAGCAUUGCGGUACUGAACGGCGGAUGGACGCCUGGUGGCAAUGUGACCGCAAUAAACGCCGUUGAGCAAUGGAAUAAGAAGGUCCUCAGCAAGACCCAGGUGCCCCUUGACCAUACUGCAAACAUGGCCCACGUGCGGCUGCUCUACAGCUCGCUGUAUUUCAUGCAUCCGAUGCCCUCUAACCGGACGGGGGACAAUCCGCUCUGGCGCAAAGUAUCUGAAUGGGUCAGCGGGGUGGCAGACACUCUGGAAUCCUGA